AUGUUCUCCUACGCGAUUUUCGUCAAGACCCUGACGGGUAAGACCAUUACCCUCGACGUCGAGUCGAGCGACACCAUCGACAACGUCAAGGCCAAGAUCCAGGACAAGGAGGGUAUCCCCCCUGACCAGCAGCGCCUGAUCUUCGCCGGUAAGCAGCUUGAGGAUGGCCGCACUCUGAGCGACUACAACAUUCAGAAGGAGUCCACUCUGCACCUGGUCCUCCGUCUGCGUGGUGGUAUCAUUGAACCCUCCCUCAAGGCUCUCGCUUCCAAGUACAACUGCGAGAAGUCCAUCUGCCGCAAGUGCUACGCCCGUCUUCCUCCCCGUGCCACCAACUGCCGUAAGAAGAAGUGCGGUCAUACCAACCAGCUGCGCCCCAAGAAGAAGCUCAAGUAA